UAAUAAUAAUAAUAAUAAUAAUAAUAAUAAUAAUGACAUAUUUUACAGGCUUCCGAAUAUAACGACAUUGUGAACGAAAUUCAUUAUUAUCUGAAAACUAUCAUCAACUCAAUGAGCCCAACCGGACGUGCAAGUAAAUCGAAGACAACUACUUCCGUGUGUUCUGAAAAGAUAUCGAAUUCAAAGAUGAGAAAGAGCGGAAUCGGUUGUGGUCCUUUAAAUAUUCAACUCACUGGUUCAAGUGGAACACAAUUUGAAAAUGAAAGUAACGUUAUGGAGGCAUUAUCGACAGACGAAAAAUUCUUAACAUACGACGAAAACAUGCGAUCGGCUUUGAUCACUUCACCUACACUAAUUCUAAGUUCCGAUCGAGACAAAUCAGAAAAAACUUUCGUUGUAGAAUUUAAAGACAAACUGACUGAAAUGCUUUAUCGAAAUCCAAAGUUUGUCGUCGGGGAUCAAUCCUAUAUGUUUUACCAUAAAUUCCAGUACAGGUCCAGCACUGACUACAGCUGCAUAAAGAUACAAAUGGAACAACCAGCUAUACUUGGUUAUGAGGUCUAUUUCCGGUUGAACAGUAGCCCAAAUAAUGAUACAUUUGAUUACCGAACCGCGCUUAACAAUGACAACCUUACAAAUGGUGAUUCUUAUCAUUUUUGUGUUCCUGUUGAUACUUUUCAAACGAACGGCACGAUGUACGUCGGACUGAGACCCUUCCAGCUACCGGGACAUCAGUCAACAAAUAUCCUCAGUAAAUAUGCCUUCAAAGGAUUUUCUGUAAAUUGCAUGGCAUGGAAUGGUACAGCAUGGGUCAAUGAUACAUGCAAGAUGGAGUGGGGAUCGUCUAUAAAAUGUCGAUGUCAAAGUAGAGGAGAAGUAACUGUGGCCAACAGUUUCUUUGUCCCACCAAACACCAUUGAUUUCUCAACAGUUUUCCAGAAAUUUGAUCUUGCAAACAAUGGUAUCGUUUUCGCUGUGGUUGUUUCUAUAACGUGUAUGUUUAUUUUGUUGAUUGCGUGGACUUGUCGACAGGACCGGAAAAGCAAAUGGAUGGGUAAUAUAUGGCCUCUUUGUGACAAUAAAAUCAAUGACACAGACUUUUAUCUUAUUACUGUUUUCACUGGAUUGAAAGCAGAUUCUGGAACAUUGUCAAACAUUUGUUUUAUCCUCUGCGGUGAAAAAAACACUAGCGCCACACGAUGUCUUAAUGAUGGGAUACACAAGGGUUUCCCAACAGGAUCGCUGAGGAAGUUUUUAAUGAGCUCAUCCAAAAAUUUGGGUGAUCUCAUAUAUUUAAGAAUAUGGUCAGAUUGUUCAGGACAUGGACUCGAUUCUUCGUGGUAUUUAAAUAAAGUGGAAAUUAUGGAUACUAAAUCGGAGAAAAUAUUUGUUUUCAGGUGUGAAGGUUGGAUUGCAACAGACAGUUAUGCUUCGACCAUCUACAAUAUCUCCUGCAACAGAUCAAAUGAUCACCCCAUUUUUAAAAGCAGAUUUGUAGACCAUAUUCAGCACUCGUUGAGCGAUGGACACCUGUGGUUCUCUACUUACGUGCACCCGUGCUAUUCCACAUUCAGCCGCACUCAAAGAAUCGUUUGCUGUGCAACAGUUCUCUAUCUUACAAUGAUAACUAAUGCCAUGUUUUCCCCUUUUGACAAUAGACUCAAAGUAGAAAACGAUCUUACAAUUGGUCCAAUUCGUUUAAAUCUUCGCCAAAUAGCUGUUUCUAUCCAAAGCAUUGCGAUAACAGUACCAUCUACAUUAUUCUUAGUGGCGUGCUUUAAAGAUUCGAAGCCGUACGGAACUUGUUGUUGUAAGAAAAAACCCAACGACGAUGAAGAAAAUAAAAAUUUUGAUGAUGUUGAAGAUGAUGAUGAUGAUGAUGAUGAUGAUAUCACCUUUGUACAAGCAAAAGCAAACUAUUCACGUGAUAAGUUCUUACCAUUUUGGUGUGUGUACGUCGGUUGGCUUUGGGCAACAUUAGUCAUAUUUACUUCUGGUUUCUUCGUAAUUUUGUACAGCUUAGAAUGGGGAAGUACUAAAUCAGAGUAUUGGCUUACUUCGUUUGCUAUGUCAAACCUAGAGUCUUUUGUUCUUAUAGAUCCAGGAAAGAUACUCCUACUGUCAUUGGCAGUCGCUAUAUUUAGGUCUCGACCGAAAGUCAAACAAAUCAGCUACAAUGAAUAUAUUAACAUACUUAAUGCCAUCGACGGACAUUUAAAUCGAAGAAGGCAAAUACAGUAUGCGAAGAAAGUUAUAUUCACGCCGCUAGAUGAAGAAGCGCGAAAAAUUAGACAUCGGAAAAUUAUUUCUGAGAUGUGGUACAAGAGUGUUGUUUUGAAUGGUAUUAUAUACAGUCUUUUACUAAUAUCUGCUGGCUACAUAGCUUAUGUAAACCAAGACACAUCAAAUUACAGAAUGAAGGAGUCACUCGAGAAUAUAUUUGUCCAUCCAGUUGGGAGUAAAUACAAGUUUACAAAUGUGAAAACUGUGAAAUUAUACUUCGACUGGAUGGAAAAUGUUGUUUUCCCGAAUUUUUUUCCGACUGCAAGUAUUUUUAAGAAGAAAAUGGUUUCUAUUGAGAAAAUGUAUAUAUCAGAUGGCGUAAAUAUAAAGAUCGGUCCGGCAAGAUUGCGACAACUGAGAGUCAAAAAGUCAGAAAAUUGUGAUAAAUCGAAUCUUAAAAUCAAAAGUUGUAAUAAAGGAUACAAUUUGCUGGACGAAUUAAAGGAUCCUUUUUGUCUUCAGUGGCAACCGGAAUCAGUCUUUGGAUGUCCACACAAUGAGAGCAUCAACAACUUAACAUUGGAUUCUUGGAAGUAUACUCCAGCUUCUAAAAUAAAUGGCAUACCAAUUAUUGGUAUGUGGAACACGUACGGUGGAGGAGGUUACAUAAAUAAUUUCGAGAUUAAUAGCAUCAUAUCGAAGGCCAUUCUGGAGGAGCUGAUUCGUGCUAAAUGGGUUGACAGACAGACCAGAGCAGUUUUCUUGGAGUUUACGCUUUAUAAUGCCAAUACUCAUAUGUUUGCAUACAUGAACUUUCUAGUGGAAUUUCCAGAGAGUGGUGGUGCUAUACCAUAUUACAUCAUAAGUGUGUUUCGCCCGUUUGGCAUUGAUAGCGUCAUCACUAUUGUGUUUCAAGCGAUUUUUAUAUUCUGUAUUGUUUUAUUGCUUAUCAAAGUUAUAUACAACCUAAUCAAAAUGCAAAUGUCAUUUUUCUCUCAAUUUUGGAACGUGAUUGAUUUUUUUUCGCUGGUAUUCUGUAUUGUGUCUCUCACUGUAUUCAUUAUUCAACGCACACAAACCGAUCAGAUUCUUGAAGAAUUUCGCCAAGAUCCGAAAGCAUUCGUAAAUUUCUACCACAUUGUAAUUUGGAAUGAGAUAAUAUCAAUUGCUUUAGCAUUCCUGAUUUUCUUUGCAAUUAUUCGCUUGUCGUGUAUUCUUGGAGUCAGUCAGACCAUGUUGCAGAUAUCGCUAAUUCUUAACCGAUGUGUUUCGCAUCUAUUUGGCGUCAGUUUUCUAUUAUGUAUUUACGCAGGAAUUUAUGCCAUGCUUGGUUAUUUAAUUUUUGGUUCCAUUUGGUCUUACCGUAGUUAUUCAUCAUCUCUGAUAUCCGUCUUUUUGAUAGUCUUAGGAAAGACCAAUUAUACGGAGCUAAAUGAUCUCGCACCAAUUCUAGGAAAGAUAUAUUUCUUCUCUGUGGUAUUUUUCAUGAUAUUUAUGCUUCUGAAAAUGUUUGAAAGUGUUUUGGGUGAAUGCAUUAGCAUGAAACAGAAUACAGAAAUGGAAGAUUAUAAUGUUAUGUUAAUACUAUCAAAAUAUUUUCGUAUGCUUAGAGAAAUAGGUAAAAAGAAUUCGAAAGUUAGCGACGUUACAAUAAACAAAAAGGAGUUUGUUUAGUUUACUUGGAAUAUUUAAAUUGAUUAUUAGAAGUAGACAGCUGAAAUAUUUGAAAGCAGCAAAGAUUUAACAGCAACAACGAUGAAUAUUGUCAUCUAUUCAAAGGGGAACAUACAAAAACACCUGCCUUCCACUAAGCCAUACGUUAUUACGUUUGUAGAACAUCACAAACCAUAAGACGUUGAAUCUUAAUUAUCAAAGAACGGACACACACACACACACACACACACACACACACACACAACACCAUCGCCACCACCACCAUACGCAUGCGCAUACAUACGCAUACAUUCCUCUAAUUUGUGUAUGUAAGUAUUUAUCUGCCUAUCUAUCUAUCAAUAUAUCUAUCUAUCUAUCUAUCUGUCUGUCUCCCCUUCCUCUCUCUAUUUCUCUCUCUCUUAAUAUUAAUACCAAACGGUAAUAUUUAUCCCUACUUAAAAGAGAAUACUGUGAUAGUUACCAUAAGGAAACCUCUCAUAUAGAUUUGUGGUGCAUUUAAGCACUCUUGUUUACAUCGCUAGCAGGGAAAUAAAUCACCCAUCAUCGCCAUAUAUAUAUAUAUAUAUAUAUAUAUAUAUAAACAUAUCUAUCUAUCUAUCUAUCUAUCUAUCUAUUUAUCUAUGUAGCCAUCCUUCUUCUAAUUUGUAGCUAAUGUCAUAUGUGCACAGGGUAAAGUAACAACAGAUCUGAAUAAAACUCUAGAAACGCUAGUGUUCUUCGAGAAAGUACAGACCCAAUUAUUUUGCAACCUGAAAAUCUAAUCGUUUAAAGGAACAGUGAAAAUUUGCAAAAACAUUUUAGGGAUUCUCCAUUUGAGGUCCCAAGUGAACACAUGAAGACAUUUACGCAUACAGAUGGAAUACAACCAAACCUACACACACACACACACACACACACA